CACCAAGCUCAAGGGAGACUGGCCGUGCAUACGGUAGUGACCAAUAAAGGCCUACCUUUGCUGCGAGCCUGCAUGUUUGUUUCCUCUAGGACCCCCGGUCCAACAGACCUCAAAAUUCUCCGUCAAGAGCAGCCGUUUCUAGAGCACCAGGGAAGGUUGCAAAAGAGGACUUCCCUUUCCUGUCCUGCCAACUCAGAAGAACUGAAGUGAGUGAGCGGGCUGCAAAAUGACUUCAGAGUGACAUUUGAAUCUUAUCCUGGAGAGGAAACUGCCACCAUGCAGCCAGCUCAGUACUCUUGCCUGCGAGCUACAGCCUUCACAUGAGAACCGGAAGUGCGUGCUGCAUGGUUCCCCUUCUCUGAGUCUGUAUAUUCUUGCAUUUCCUUGUUCCGCCCGUCUGAAAAACAAGGGAUCAGCCAGAUCAGUUUCCUUCGGAAGGAGCUGAAAGGAGCCAAGAAGGAAAGCCGUUGUAAGAGCACGAGGAAAGGUUGCAAAAGAGGACUUCCCUUUCCUGUCCCGCCAACUCAGAAGAACUUAAGAGAGUGAGUGGUUUGAAAAAUGGCAUCAGAGUGACAUUCUGGAUCUUCCCCCCUUUACCCAGGAGAGGAAACAUCCACAAUGCAGCCAGCUCAGGGGCCGGUGACCUUCAAGGAGGUGGCCAUAUAUUUCACGGAGGAGGAAUGGGUCCUGCUGGAUCCAGACCAGAGAGCUCUUUACAAGGCGGUCAUGGUGGAGGUUCAUGAGAUGAUCACCUCUCUGGGAGAUAUGAGGGGUAUCACGGCUGAGGGGGAACCAUCAAGGUUGCCACCGGAAAGAGCUGAGGAGCAGAAGGAGGAACGGAAAUUAGGGAGGCAACAUAGAGGAAAGAGACAAGAGGGGAGAGAAAUGCAGAAACAAGGGGAUAAAUCCAGAGCUUCUGAGGGUGGUGAAUAUAAAAUUCAAAGGGAAACUACUCACCUAAGUAAAACAAGGAUGCCUCCUGAGUGUAAACUGACAAGACAUCAGAAGAGUUGCGCAGGAGAGAAAUCAUACAGAUGCCCAGACCAUGAGGAACAUUUCAGCAAAAGCUCAAACCUUAUUGUACAUAAGAGAGCGCACACAGGAGACAAACCAUAUAAAUUCCUGAAGUAUGGAAAGAGCUUCAGUCAUCAUUAUGAUUGUACUUUGCCUCAAAGAACUCAUACAGAGAACAGACCUUUUACAUGCUUGGAGUGUGGAAAGAGCUUCAGUCAGAGUCAGCACCUUACUUCACAUCAAAGAACUCAUACAGGGGACAAUCCAUAUCAAUGCAUGGAGUGUGGGAAGAACUUCAGUUGCAAUAGCGCCCUUACUUCGCAUCAAAGAACUCAUACCGGGGAGAAACCUCAUAAAUGCUUGGAGUGUGGAAGGAGCUUCAGUCAGCUUGGGAACCUUAGUUUGCAUCAAAGAACUCAUACAGGGGAGAAACCUUAUAAAUGCUUGGAGUGUGGAAAGAGCUUCAGGCAAAGUAGCGCCCUUACUAAACAUCAUAGAACUCAUACAGGGGACAAACCUUAUAAAUGCCUGAAUUAUAGAAAGAGCUUCAGUCAUCAUUACGAUUGUACUUUGCCUGCAAGAACUCAUACAGAGAGCAGACCUUUUACAUGCUUGGAGUGUGGAAAAGGCUUUAGUCGUAGUGACCACCUCAUUUCGCAUCAAAGAAUUCACACAGGGGACAAACCUUAUGAAUCCUUGGAGUGUGGAAAGAGCUUCAGUCAGAGUCGCCUCCUUACGUCACAUCAAAGCACUCAUACAGGGGACCAUCCAUAUCAAUGCAUAGAGUGUGGGAAGAACUUCAAUUUCAAUAGCACCCUUACCUUGCAUCAAAGAACUCAUACCGGGGAGAAACCUUAUGAAUGCUUGGAGUGUGGAAAGACGUUUACUCAACAUCACCACCUUACCUUGCAUCAACGAACUCAUACAAGGGAGAAACCUUAUAAAUGCUUUGACUGUGGUAAGAGCUUCAGUCAGAGUAGCAACCUUACAAGACAUCAAAGGACUCAUACAGGGGAGAAACCAUUUAAAUGUAUGGAGUGUGGAAAAGGCUUUAGUCGUAGUCACCACCUUAUUUCACACCAAAGAAUUCACACAGGGGACAAACCUUUUAAAUGCUUGGAGUGUGGAAAGAGCUUCAGGAAGCAUUUCCAGCUUAGUUGUCAUGAACUAACUCAUACAAAAUACAAACCUUAUAAGUGCUUGGAGUGUGGAAAGAGCUUCAGUCAGAGUGGCAAUCUUACUGCACAUCAAAGAAUUCAUACAGGGGUCAAACCUUAUAAAUGUUUGGAUUGUGGAAAGAACUUCAGUUGCAGUAAUGCCCUUACUGUGCAUCAAAGAACUCAUACAGGGGAGAAGCCUUAUAAGUGCUUUGAGUGUAGAAAGAGCUUCAGUCGGCGUUACCAACUUACUUUGCAUCAAAGAACUCAUACAGGGGACCAACCUUACAAAUGCCUGGACUGUGGGGUGCUUCAAUCACAGUAGCUCCCUUACUGUGCAUCGAAGAACUCAUACUGGAGUCAAAUCCUAUGAAUGAUUGGACUGUAGAAGAUCUUCAGUCAGCUUUGCCAACUUACUUCGCAUUGAAGAACUCCUAGAGGGGACAAACUUUAUAAAUGGUGUGGUAAGAGCUUCAGUCAGCAAUGCCAUCUUACUAUACAUCAAAGAACUCAAUAUAGGUCGAACCUUAUAAUUGCUUGCAUGGUGGCACCUAAAAUUAUGAAAACCUUUUUCUACAGCUGUUUCUCCCAUGACCUGUCAUUUACCAAUACAGAAUUUAAUCUUUGUUAAGAAAAAGCGGUGAAGGAAAAGGCCAAUUCUGAAUGAAGCUGGGAUUUCUAUGGGGAUCCAAAAAGUAUCCAUGCAGUGCUAUACUGUUACUUGUUUAUUUUUAUAGCAUUUAUACCCCGCUGUUCAGCCAAAAGGCUCCCAGGACGGCUUACAUCAAAUCAAUUAAAGUCAGGGAGUCCCUCCCCACAGGUGUCCACUAAGAAAAAAAUUGACACAGGGAAAGGGAUGAGAGGGAUCAAACCUGGGCCCCAAUUCUGAAAUAGUAGUUCUUGUGAUGUUCUUUCUUGCUUCUCAGAAUAAGUUCUUACUACCUUUUCCCUGAAAUUUAUUUUUGGUUCAACUCCAGGUAUUUCUACAAGAUGUUUGGUUGUUCUGGGGCCUUUGCAGCCCAGCUUCUCUUUUUUCCCCUUCCAUUUCAGAGGAGAAUGGAUUUCCUGCUUUGAAUUAAUCCCUUCUUCAGUUUUGAAGAUGUUUGUGGCCGUUCUUCUCUAAGUCGGUCUUUUGGGGCUGGAGCUGUCGCUCAUAAACAAAUUAAUGGACUUUGUUUUGCUAGAGUUUAUGUACAUUAGUCUUGAUUUUCACUUCUUCGCAGAUGAGGUUUCUAUUUCAAAAUUUUAUUUUUUCCAACCUUUUCACUUCAUCUCUGUGCUUCAUCUCUGUGCUUCUGUCCAUAGGACUCUACAUUUAACUGGCUCCUUUGAAUCACUGCUUGGAUAGGUAGCUUCAUAUUUAGGGUGAAUGCCUACAUAGCUGUACCAUACAAAAGUUUCAAGUGGUUUGGACUGGUGAAAGAGGGUGAAUGAAAGUAGAGUUGUGUAAUAAAGUUAUUACCAGCUUUGUAUGCUGUAAGUAUUGUUGUAAUAGCUGAGUUGCACAUUGUUCUUCUGAGAAGCGUGAAGUUGACAUAUCCAUAUUCUGUUUUGUUUGUCGAGUAAUACUUAUUUGCAUAUUGUGAUUCUUGUUUCUUCCUUCCCCAAGUUUCAUUAAUGUCUCAUGCUCCUAUCUUUCAUAACCUGAAAUCCAUUUACUGGUAUUCUGCUGAUGUGUUUAAAGUAAACCUUUCCAAAGGAAGAAUUGUUAGCAUUUUUAGAACUCAGGAACUUUGGAAUUAAGGAGUUUUUGCUUCAGCAAAGGUAUAUAUGUCUAAUUGAAUGUAACACUUGUUAAUCAUGAUCUAUGGUUACAUUUAGGUGUUUAGUUAUAUAGUUACUCAUAAUCAUAUCUAGUUAAGGAUAAGUAAGAAUAGUAAAUAGCAUAACCUGAGGGCAUAAGGUUUUGACCUUUUCCCUAAAUUGACCUCUGUCCUUUUAGUGUUCUAAAUGUUUUCAGUCAGAUGUUUUCAGGUGAAUGUCUGUGACCGGAGGAAACGAGGGUACAGGACAUACCAUCCAUCUACAGCACAUUGAAGAAUACAAAGCUUCAAAGUAUUGUGGCUGAAAACAAGUGUAGAAGGCCUCUUGCAUCAGCUCCUGGCUGGGUCAGAGGGCAUAAAAGCCCAGCUGCCCUUGGGGAGCCCCUUAGGGAGUUCCGAGGGCAAGGGCUCCACCUCCUUCUAUUUUUUUUACAUCAAUCUAGGGGAGAUUGGUAGUUGGGAGGGCGUAUGGUGCACAUGUAGUUCCUGCCCAGGGUGAGAGCCUGUGCAGUGAACGGAGUGAUAGGGUCUCACGCUUCUGUCUUUGUUUCUCAGUCCUGUUGGUCAGUGUCCUUGAGCUUUGGAGCAGCAUGAUGCAUUGCGCCUGCCUUGAAGGCCAGGUUCCCAGCCCUUAGCAGUGUGUGACAGCAUCUUCACUACUGUAUUGGCAUCCACUGUCUAUAUUGGCCAAUUAAAACCCUCUCCUUACCUCAUCUGUGUUACGUAAACAAAGCCUCCCAGCCUUCUGUUGUAUACCUGUUGUAUACCACAUAGGCAGGGAGUGAAAGCAUGCAAGAGGCCCACCUGGCUGGAGUGCAGGGGCGUGAGAUGGGACAGGGGAAUUGAGCACUGUGAUGUUCCUAUAUAUUAGUGUAUAUAUGGUAAGUGCUGGUUGUUUAGAGUAUACAUGGUAAGUAGUGAAAGAGGAGGGGGAGUGAAUGGGCAAUAGAAUGCUUGAUGAUUGGCUGAAUGUUUAAAAUGGCUGACAGUAUAAAUGAAAGGAUGACAGGUAAAUCUGGGUGAAUGUGAGGUGGUGAAUUGUGGAAUCUGGGGGGAGAAGAGAAAGAGUGGAUUGCUUGGUGGGGUUUAGAGAGUUGUUUACCAGGAGGGAGGUGGAGUUCGGAUUAGUAUUGAGUAAAACCAUAUGCUUAUGUGCCUUAAGAAGAAAUCGUGUUAAUCUUGUUAGCUUUGUUAUCUGUAAUAAAUACUUAAUUUGGUUUACCAAAGGCCUGAUCCUUGGCUGGGGUUUCACAGACCAGAAGGGAGGGUAAGGUAAUGACCAAGGCUGAAGGGGAACUGUAACAAAUGGUGGCAGCGGUGAAGAGAAUAACAAUACCAGUAUUCAGAGUCUCUGGGAAUACUAGUAUUGGGACGUUACUGGUGGUUGCCUAGCAGGGGGAUCUGUUGAGAUCUGUGCUAGAGCGGGGAGGGAAAUCAUAAAAGAGAGCGGUCCGGACUGGUGGAGUCCCUGGUGGUGCCUAGAGACAGGCAGUAACCACGAGCAGGUAGGAACCUGACAGGGAGAGCCAGGGAAGGACGCCUCAGAAGCACGUCAUCCUAAACCUCCUCAUUCCAUUGAGAUGUCUUCCCACACAGGAGCCCAGAACAAUAGUCCGGGGUGAUUUCAAUGUCCAUGCUGAGGCUGCCUCUAGUGUUCCGGCUCAGGACUUCAUGUCCUCCACGAUGACCGUGGGGCUCCAAUCCUCCCCUGCAGGGUUGGUGGACAGAUUAAGAUGGUCUGCCCUCGGAGACUAAUGGAAUCCACUGGAUUCCUGAAUGCCCUGGGGAAGCUCCAAGUAGAUAGAGCAGGUAACCCUGUUGAAGCCCUUCUCACGCUGUGGAACAGCGAGGCACAUCAAGCUCUUGACAUGAUUGCCCCUGAGCGGCCUCUCCAGCAUUGUGGAGCCCAGUUUACACCUUGGUACACCAGUGUGCUAACCUUGGUGGCUCUGCCCAGGUGUAACAAGUGACUGCUAGAACAUUUUGUAGUCAAACAAUAUGCGCCAGCCCCUAUGGUGGGGUAAAGACACAAGAAAAAAGGAAGUCAUGAUGACUCUGGGGACAGAGUUAUCAUUUAACCAGUUAGCCAUUUGGUUUACUUUUUUGGAACAGAGAUAGAGGUAUGACCCUUUUUAGGAUGUGAAAUGUUAUUUAGCCAAUUUGAUUAAUAGAUAUGAGCUAGGAGCUGAUAAGCUAUAAGGAAAUCAUAAGAUGGAAUGAGAAGGGUAUAACAGCAAAGUCUGGGUUGUGUUAAACUCCCCUACUAAUGGGGAAUUGUAUAUAUGUAAACAAUAAAUAUAUUCUUUUGUAAAGCUAUAAAGGUUUAUAAUAUUUUAAUAGUUUAGUAGCCAGCCAGAAUCCUUUUCUCUUUAGAGCUGGCUUCCCUGAGUAUGCUGGUAUGUAUGGUACAGCUUGAACUCUAUAAGAUAACACUGAACAAACACUGAACAUCCCUGUACUCUCCAAGAUGUAGAAAGGAUUGUGUUAACUAAAAUGCUUAGCUCAUAGUGAAAAUGUACUGGUCUGUGAAGUGCUGAACAUUACCAAAUUGACCAGAACAUAAUGUAGACACUGUAAUGCUCAUGCAAUGCCUAUGUAAUGCUGAUGUGUAGCCCCCUGAUUGGGGAAAUGCUUAAACCGCAGGCAAACAGUGCCAUGUUGCAGCUCUACAUCCACUCAAGGGAGACUGACCGUGCGCAUGUAACCAAUAAAGGCCUAACUUUGCUGCAA